AUGGCUAACGGUUCGGACACCAACACCCCUCCACCUCCUACCGCGAGUCAACCCAGAGUCGGAGGGCAGCUCCUUGCAAGCGAGGUCUUCUGGCGCAAUCACUACGACUGGCUCCUUUCAAAGGGCUACCUCCUGCGAUCACGGUAUCGGCCUGACUGGAAGCCUUCAUGGGAGGGCACAAGGAAAUCCUGGCUUGCUCUUCGUCUUGACCAGUACUUCCAGCAUCCCAGCGUUCUAGAUGCCGAACGUUUGUCGAAUGGAGAACUGUUGGGACUCAAGCGCGUAAAGAAGAGCUUGCAUCCAUACGAAGCGCAAAUCGCUCAGUUCUUCUGCUCGGGCUCCGUCGCUACCAAUUCGGCCAACCAUUGUGUUCCCAUUUAUGAUGUAUUGCAAGUUCCAGAUGACGAUGACGCGAUCAUUCUGGUGAUGCCUCUUCUUAGAGAACACUACAGUCCAGCGUUCGAUACCAUUGGUGAAGCUAUUGAGUUCUUUCGUCAGAUUUUUGAGGGACUUCAAUUCAUGCACCGAAAUCACGUAGCCCAUCGCGAUUUAGCAUCUCAGAACGUCUUGAUGGAUGCCAGAACGUUGUAUACAGACAGAUAUCACCCAUCAAGUCCAAAUUAUAAGCUUGAUGCCAGCACCGCCCCGAGACAUUAUACCAGAACCCAAGUUCCAGUAAAAUACUACAUCAUAGACUUUGGUCUGUCUAGAAUGUACCGACGGGAAGACCUUCCGGUCUCAGAAGACGUUAUCUACGGCGCUGACAAGACGGUCCCGGAAUUUGAGACCUCGGAGUCAUGCGACCCUUUCCCGACCGACGUCUAUACUCUGGGGAAUAUGAUCAAAGAAGAAUUCAUGGAGGGAUCCCGCUUUGACAAGCGCAAGCUCGGCUUUGACUUCAUGAAGCCACUCGUCGCCGACAUGACCCAAGCAGAUCCAACGAAGCGUCCCACCAUGGACGAAGUCGUUGAACGCUUCGAAAAGAUUCGAAAGGACCUAACCCCGUGGAAAUUGCGUUCCCGAGUGGUCGAAGUGCCGGAAUCCCCGUUUACAAUGGCUUUCCGCAAUCUUGGUCACUGGAAACGGCGGAUAUGGUUUAUGGCGAGACGUGUUCCUCCAGUUCCUGCACCUUCAUAG